CACCCAGGACCUGGCCUGAGACUUAAAACACACCAUUCCCCCAGCAGCCAAACGGGCCGGCUCCGUCAGCAAGCUGGGCGGCGAUGUCUGUCAAGGGUCCUCUCGUAAAGCCGCUUCGGGGAGGCCCAGGCCUACAACGUGUUCAUUUCCGGAAGUGACGUCUCCCAGAGGGGCCGGAAGUGGCAGUGGAGGGAGGGAAGAUGGCGGAGGUGGGGGAGAUAAUCGAGGGCUGCCGCCUGCCCGUGCUGCGGCGGAACCAAGACAACGAAGAUGAGUGGCCCCUGGCUGAGAUACUGAGCGUGAAGGACAUCAGUGGCCGGAAGCUUUUCUACGUCCAUUACAUUGACUUCAACAAACGCCUGGAUGAAUGGGUGACCCACGAGCGGCUGGACCUAAAGAAGAUCCAGUUCCCCAAGAAAGAGGCCAAGACCCCCACCAAGAACGGACUUCCUGGGUCCCGCCCCGGCUCUCCAGAGAGAGAGGUGAGGAAGACCCUGGACCUAUCUCUACAGCCGGCCUCCGCCCAGGCCAGCGGGAAGACCUUGCCAAUCCCGGUCCAGAUCACACUCCGCUUCAACCUGCCCAAGGAGCGGGAGGCCAUUCCCGGUGGCGAGCCCGACCAGCCGCUCUCCUCCAGCUCCUGCCUGCAGCCCAACCACCGCUCAACGAAACGGAAGGUGGAGGUGGUUUCACCAGCGACUCCAGUGCCCAGCGAGACAGCCCCAGCCUCAGUUUUUCCCCAGAAUGGAUCAGCCCGUAGGGCAGUGGCAGCUCAACCAGGGCGGAAGCGAAAAUCGAAUUGCUUGGGCACUGAUGAGGACUCGCAGGACAGCUCAGAUGGAAUACCGUCAGCUCCUCGCAUGACUGGGAGCCUGGUGUCUGACCGGAGCCACGACGACAUCGUCACCCGGAUGAAGAACAUCGAGUGCAUCGAGCUGGGCCGGCACCGCCUCAAGCCCUGGUACUUCUCCCCAUACCCACAGGAGCUCACCACGCUGCCUGUCCUCUACCUCUGCGAGUUCUGCCUCAAGUACGGCCGAAGCCUCAAGUGUCUGCAGCGUCACUUGACCAAGUGUGACCUGCGACAUCCUCCAGGCAACGAGAUUUACCGAAAGGGCACCAUCUCCUUCUUUGAGAUCGAUGGACGUAAGAACAAGAGUUACUCCCAGAACCUGUGUCUUCUGGCUAAGUGUUUCCUCGACCACAAGACACUGUACUAUGACACAGACCCUUUCCUCUUCUACGUCAUGACGGAGUAUGACUGCAAGGGCUUCCACAUCGUGGGCUACUUCUCCAAGGAAAAGGAAUCCACAGAAGACUACAACGUGGCCUGCAUCCUGACCCUGCCUCCCUACCAGCGCCGCGGCUACGGCAAGCUGCUGAUCGAGUUCAGCUAUGAACUCUCCAAAGUGGAAGGGAAAACGGGGACCCCUGAGAAGCCCCUCUCGGAUCUUGGCCUCCUAUCCUACCGAAGCUACUGGUCCCAGACCAUUCUGGAGAUCUUGAUGGGGCUGAAGUCAGAGAGCGGGGAGAGGCCGCAGAUCACCAUCAAUGAGAUCAGUGAAAUUACCAGCAUCAAGAAGGAGGAUGUCAUCUCCACUCUACAGUACCUCAACCUCAUCAACUACUACAAGGGCCAGUAUAUCCUCACACUGUCGGAGGACAUCGUGGAUGGGCACGAACGGGCUAUGCUCAAGCGGCUUCUUCGGAUCGACUCCAAGUGUCUGCACUUCACUCCCAAGGACUGGAGCAAGAGGGGAAAAUGGUGACCAGGCACUGCCCGUGGCAGUGCCAGCAAAGCCAGCAGAACUGGGGCUGAUAGCCCAUCCCUCCCCCACUGGGGUCUCCAAGAGGCGCGCCAAGGGAGACAGGGCUGAGGACAACUCCACAAGGAGAGGACAGGCCUGGUAAAGGCCUGCUGGUGCCUAGCACCAAGGCGAGCUCAGGGCUCAGGUCAACUCCAAGGUCAGCUGGCUGCAGGUCCAGGCCUGCUGUGAACCAGGGACCAGAGGGAGCCAGGCAGCUGUGUACAGUGAGAUGGGGGGGUGCGGGUGGCUUGUAUAGAGGACUGGUGGCUGUACAAAUUUCUUUUGUAAAGUAGGAGCUGCGGGUGGGGUGGGGUGGGAACUGGCUGCAGAAUUCUGGCCUCUCUUGCCCCACUGCCCCCGGCAAUAAAUUGU